ACAAGUAAAUUACUCUCUUAAACCAUUCUAGAACAUCAGUACCGAAAUAUCUAAAAUUCAAUUCCAAACCACCACAUUGUUGGGAUAAAAGACCAUAUGUCAAUAAAACAUUUUGUCAGUUUGCAUCAAUAGUCAGUUUAUGAAGUGUACCCAACUUGUGUAAACCUAAACUCACAUGGCCACCGCACCAAUACCCUUUUUCUGCAUGCCCUACCUACUGAUCUGAUCCGAUCCAUACCAUUCAUCCAUUCAUGUAAAUGUAAAUAAUCACAUUCACAGUUCACAGAAGAAGAAGAAGGCCCGCAAUCAUCAAAUUCACAGCACAGAUUGGUGGAUGGCCAGAUUUCAAUCAAUGGCCAGAUUGGUGGGGGAGAUGUUGCGGCAGGAGCAGAGGGCUGCUUGCGACGAUGGCGACGGGGACAGAAGCGCCGGGAGCGGGGAGCAGAAGCGACGAUGGCGACUGGCGAUGGCCCGCUGCUUGCGGCGAUUGCGAGCUGCUUGCGGCGAUGGCGACGGGACGGAAGUGCUGGGGCGAUGGCGAGUUAGGGUUUUGUUUGGCGAGCUGGGGCCAUGGUUGACGGCGGCAGGGUGGCGCCGCUCUCCCUCUGUCGUCUGUUCUACUUCUAGGUCGAAAAUGAAGAGUUAAAAUGAAAAGUUAGGGUUUUGUUUGGCUGCCCCAUUCCACGAUUGGCCUUCUCUAUUUUUUUUUUUAGGGUAAACCAAACGGCCGAACCGUGCGACCGGCUUGAGCGGCUCGAAUGGUUAACCGCUUCGGCCGCUCGCCGGCCGCUGUAUAAAACCGUGGCGGUUAAAUAGCUGAUCCGAGCCGGUUUUACGGUCGGUUGGCGGCUUUGGCGGUCCGGCCGGCCGGCUCGGUUCGACUUUGACAGCACUGAAACAUCCCCAACGCAUAAGGGGGCGGAGCCAGGAUUUGAGGUUAGGGGGGCCUGGAUUUUGUUUUUCGGAAAAGGUCAAUUAUGUGAACAAGUUAUUAAGUUAUAUGAACAAAAAAAAUUCUACAAUAUUAUGCUCCAAACUAAUGAUUAAAUUAUAUGAACAAAAACUAAAUCAUGCA